AUGGGAAUGGACAACAGCAAGGUUGACUAUUCCAAGAAGAGGCAGCUCAAGAUCAUCAGCGUGUCCACCACCGCAUUACUGCUUGCCCGCGAGCGGCUGCAGUUUGAAGGUCUGGUGCACGAGAUGCGAAGCACCUUUGUCCUCGAGCUGGACACCACCGUCACUUCCACCAAGGGCCUAGUCUACCUAGAGGCCGUUAUCAACGAGACCCUGCGCAUCAAUCAUCAUAACCCGAGCAGCACACCUCGUAGUGUGCCAGGGGGUUUAGAUGUCGCUGGUAACUUGAUCCCUAAGAUAACAUCAUGGACUGAGCUU